AUGCCGUCGUUAUUCCUGCUCGCUGUCGGUUCUGCCAUCGCGUAUGGCAUUGCCCUCAUCUUCUAUCGCCUUUUCCUGAGCCCACUCGCCAAGUUUCCCGGGCCGAAGCUUGCUGCUGCGACGGGAUGGGUGGAAACUUACUAUCAGCUGUGGCAUGGAGAGGGUGGGCAGUUCAUGUACGCAUACAAAGAAUGGCAUAAAACAUACGGUCCCAUUGUCCGAAUCAGUCCAUGGGAAGUCCACAUCGAAGACUCGUCGUACUUUCACGUCCUCAACUCGACGUCGCAGCCCUACAAGAAGCUCCCAAAGUACGCGAAUAUGUUCAACAAUCCACAGUCGACCUUCUCGACCAUUGAUCCCAAGCUGCACCGUAUUCGUAGAGCUGCACUGAAUCCUUUCUUCUCAAAAAUGAAAAUCACCGAGCGUGGACCUAACAUACAAGACGCCAUGGAUCGACUCACAGACCGUCUCCAGCACGAUUAUGUCGGUGAGGAUAAGGUCCUGUCGAUCAAUGAUAUGUGGGGCUGCUACACGUCUGAUAUAAUCGUGGAGUAUGCCUUCGAAAAGCGCGAGAACUUCAUUGAAACACCAGAGUUCCGCUCAGCCUUUCAACACGCGUUAAUUAACCUGUCGGAGCCGAUACAUACGGCAAUGCAAUUUCCAUGGUUCACGGAUGCCAUGAAGUCCUUACCGGAUUUCCUCUUAAACUACCUCGACCCACGAAUCGCGGUUUUUAACAAAUACAAGGCUAACCUCCUUAAUCAGGUAGAAGUCGCGAAUGCUAAAUUCCACGAGGGGCACAAGAAAGGCGACAACAUAUUCCGUUCGAUUUUCGCUUCGGAUCUACCGGCAUCUGAGAGACGCAUCGAAAGAGUUCACCAGGAGGCCUUGGGAAUAACUGGCGCAGCGACGGAGACGACUAUGCGCACACUGACCAUCGCCGUUUACCAUAUCUUCAGCGACCCAUCGAUCAAGGCACGACUUCUGCAGGAGCUUAAGACUGUAAUGCCCGGUACCACGAGUGGAGCUUCAAUACCCAGUCUUGAAACGAUAUGGCGACUUCCUUACCUAACAGCGGUCUUGACUGAAUGUCUGCGCUUCUCUUACGGAAUCUUUACUCGAAUUCCUCGCAUAUCAGAUGUGCCUGUCCAGUAUGGCAAGUGGACCAUCCCAUCCGGCGCCGUCAUCAGCAUGGACAUCAGUGACGUGCACCAUGAUGAGCAGAUUUUCCCAGACUCUUUUGCUUUCAAGCCAGAGCGUUGGCUUGAAGACCCAAAGGCGUUUGACGGAAAACCCCUGACCCGAUACAUGGUCGCGUUCAGCACAGGCAUGCGAAAUUGCCUCGGGAUGCAGCUUGCGUAUGCCGAGCUGUACAUUGGCAUUGUAUCGUUCGUCUGGAGAUUCGAUCUUGACUUGUUUGAGACAGACGUUACCGAUAUUCGUGCGGUCAGAGAUCGCUUCGUGCCAAGACCAAAACUCGGGAGCAAGGGCGUUCGGGUGACAAACUUGCGCAGACGUGUAGAUUGA